AGUGAGGUCACUCCCCCUCUCUGUCCCCACCACAAUUUUCCUAAGCGUCAUUUGACGGCGUCGCUUUUUUGUUUGUGCUUUGUACCGCAUGAAAGCUGGUGAAAAUUCGUAUUUAAAGUCUUGAUCGUUUAUUUUUAUUUAUAAAGACAUGGUUGGGAAAUCGAAAUCUGGUGAGAAAAGCAGCACUGAAAGAUCUAAAAGUCCAGGGAGGCCAAAAAGUCCUAGCAGAAACAAAAGUCCAGGGAGGCCCCCUAAGAGUCCUCCCAAAGCGAAAAAAGAUGUACCUAAAAGGCCUGGUACACCUACUAGACUUGUUAGCAGAACAAAGAGCCCUGCUAGACCUAAGACUAGUUCCCCACCAACAACUUCAACCCCUAUUCAGGUGCCCAAAAAACGAAGCCCAAUCCGCAAGUCACCAUCAAGAGGUGGUGGUAAGGAAUCUGAAGAAAAAGAUCUUAGACCAAGAAGACAAAAAACCUACAUUGAUACUGAUACUGACUCGGAUACUCAAGAGAUUGUGCCUGAAGUAAAAGAAAAACCAAAAGCUGCAGUUAGGGGUAGAGCAAGAAAAAUGGAUAAGGAGAGUGACAUUGAUGAGAAGUUGGAGCUGAAAAAAGCCAUAGCAGCGGCGGCGGCGGCUGAAGCACGCGACGUAACACGCGCUGCGGCUGCAGCUAGCUACUCGAUUGUUCGUCGUCUGACGCGUUCUUCGCAAAGUCGCGAAUCCUCUGACAAGGUGGCCGCGAAGAAGUUCAAUCCAGUUAUCAUCUCGAAGAAAAUCGGCGACUUUAGCGACGAGGAUGACAUCAGGGAGGUCGCUAAAGACGAUACGCUGACAAAGCACGUAGAAUUUGGUGGUGCUUUAGGAUCCGUCAUCGCUAGCUUGUUCAUUCCGGUUAGCGUUGUGGGGCUGUACGUCUGGUGCGGAGAGGAUAAGUGCGUAUUUACAGGGAUUUCCGAUCUUCAGAAAUACAAAAGGCUAUCAACUUAUUUUGACUUGAAAUCAGCACUGGGUCUGUUGGCAUAUUUCACCAUCCUAUCACUUCUUUCUGCUUUUCCAUAUGGAGGAAAAAAAGUAGCUGCACAACCUAGCAAACAAGGAAAAUUUGUUUAUGUUAUGAAUGGAUUAUUAAGCGCUUUAGUUAUGUUCUCCAUAUGUGCUGGCCUUGAAUUCUACCGUAUACCUGUAGCAGACUAUAUAAUUCGUCAUCAAUUUCAACUACUGAUAUCUUCGAUUUGUUUCGCUGCUAUUGUAUCCAUACUUCUGUAUGUCAGAAGCUUCUAUGUUCCAGUCAGCACCUUGAAUUCUUUUGCUGUGGGAAGGAACAAGUACUACGCAUUUUUCAUGGGCAGAGAAAUAAAUCCUAGACUGUAUGGUGUUGUUGACUUGAAGAUUGUGUUUUUCAGAGCCUUCUUGAUUGGAGCGGCCCUUAUUGACUUUGUAUAUCUAUACAAAUCCUUGGACUUGACGGCUAUGAGAAAUGUAACAGCAGAGUUCGAUCCGAAAAAAAUGAAUCUUCAACCAACUCUAAUAACAUAUGUAUUGCUGCACUUCAUUUAUUUGCUAGAUCCACUCAUUUGGGAGUCUGGAUGGACUACUCAGUUUACAGCACAACAAGAAGGUUUUGGAUAUUUGCUGACGAUGGUUUACGCUACAGUACCAUUCUUUUAUGGUACGAUUGUCAAGUAUAUUAUAGAACAUGGUGUGCAACUUGAAGUCUGGAAAUUGGUUGUAUUAACGUUGGUCUUCAUAGCAGGCAGUGUUCUAUGCAGGGGCAGCAAUAACCAGAAAGAUGCUUUCAGAAAGAAUCCAUAUAGCCCGACGCUAUCACAUCUGGAAACAAUCCCGACUAGCCAAGGCAAGAAACUGCUUGCUUCUGGUUUCUGGGGCUUUGUGCGCCACCCCAACUACCUUGGCGACAUUCUUGUCCAUCUUUCAUUGUUGCCCUUCGUUUUAUGCGCCCCGCCUGCCCUUGUUGUCGUGCAAACGGUGGUGCUGUUACUAUACAGGACAUACAGGGAUAACAAUCGAUGCAAGAUCAAGUACGGUGCCGGCUGGGACAGGUACUGUCAAAAGGUUAGGUAUGCCAUCAUACCCAAGGUGUAUUAAGGUAGGGAGAUUGGUAUUAACGAAAGGUUGGUUGUCAACAGGAGCCUGUGGGCUUUAAACACGUCCAGAAUUUGUUCACAUGGUCAAUUCAGUCCAAGAACAUAGAAAAUUUGAAACGGCGUAAAACAAUCUAAACAGUUCGAACUGUAAUAUAAAAAUUGUUGCAUUUGAAAAAUCACAGGUCAUGAAAAUGAAAUCUAUCGUAAUUAUUACUCCAGAAAGAAAAAGUAUGCAAAUUGAAAUUUUCAGUAACUGUGAACAACUAUCGAGUAAAAGAAGUAAACAUAGUGAAAUGUUUUGGAUCACUUGGAAUAAAUUGACCUGAAUGAAAAUGAUUAUAUCAUAAACAACGCGAAAAAGGCAAUUCUUAGGAAAUCAUAUAGUUUCAACUGUUUUUAUUAACUUCGAGGUGAAGUUCUUGGCUUUCGAUAUUUCUAGUUUCGUUGAACUAGCUCAAUGUUACCGCAUGCGUGUACUUUUUUAAUUUCGCAUUUUGGAGCUUCAUUUUGACAGUUAGUAGAACGUGAGUGAGUAGAUUUAAUUACGAAUUUGUACAUUACAUGAUGCAAGGGAAAAGUAGCAGUUAUGGAUCUCAAGAUCAUCAGUUGCAGUGCUGUUUUAGGCAUUAAAAAUAUCGAAACAUAUUUUUCAAAAUUGUGUAUUGUAAUUUUUUUCAUGUUGGGGAACUAGCUAUAUUGGACAUGUGGUUGCAGAUCGAGUAUUUUGGAAGCCUGUUUUUUUUAAUUGAUACUAACAUUUUGAUUGCAUUGUUAUUCUUUGCACAUAAUAUCAUUUUACUUUGAACUUAUGUUCUUACACAGAUAUUUUCUUCACUAUUUUUUUCGUUUUUAUCUCCCUUAUUUAUAUUAUUCUUUGUAUAACAAAUUAUUGUGUUUUUAAAAUAAUUUUCCAACAUGCUACUCGGAUUUUUCUUGUAUCUGAUUUAUGUAGUAAGAGCAUAUAGAGUACAAUGAUUUGUCUUUAUUUGGUAGUGUAGUAUUUUUAUCAAAAGGAUUGUUCACAUUUCCAAUUAUAUUUAUGGAACUAAGGUUUCUAUAGCUUUAUAUGUAGAAAUAUUCAUAUAAAAGAAUCCAUAGUUGUAAAAAUUCAGUCAGUUUGGAUAUGGCGUGUGAACAUUUUCAUAUACAUAUAAGAAACCAGGUUAUUCUCUUCUCAUCGUUAUGAUGAAACAAGAAUUUUAUUUUCAUACUUUGAUAUGUGCCUCUGUUGAGCUGUUUGUUAUUUGCACUUUUAAUACAAGCAGAAAGUUUUAAAAUUACAGCUAGAAUUUAUCCAUUCUAACCCUUUUUUUAAAGGAUCAUGUUUUGUAAUAUUGUCAUACAUGAUUCGUAAACGCGUUUUAUUCAUAUUGACUGGAUUAUAAAUUUAAUAUAAUUUUUUAAGUAGAUAUUUUGAAUGUGUGAUAUUUACACAGUUUGAGAAGCUAAAAUUUCAAGAACUCAUCCGGAUUGUUGCUAGUACAUAUUUUUGAACUGAAUGAGUUCAUAUUAUAUAGAAAUCAGCAUUGUUACGGAAUGUGUAAUAUUUACACAAUUUAUCAGAGAAGUUAAAAUUUCGGGAUUCAACCGGAUUGUUGCUAGAACACAUUUUUGAACUUAUUAAUAAAAUUCCCGUUAUGUAAAAAUCAACAUUGUUACGGUGAUUGUAUUUUUUUUUCAUAAUUGGUGAGUAAUGAUAAUCUUGAUCCUACUGUAUGCCUUUCAACAUGAAGAUUAGGGUGAUUGUAAUACAGUAGUCCAUAUUCACAUUUCUCGUUAUUUUGACAGAUAAUGCUUGACAUACCUGUCAAAUCAUCGUUAAUAGAAAACAUGAUUCUUAUCGCAUCAAACUUCACUGCUAUAGGACAGUGCCGGAUUAAGCCAAAUGUAGCAAAUUCUAUCAAGGGGCCGUUGGUUUGCUUUAGGUUCUCAAGUUUAGGGUAUUAAAUAAAACAAAAUUGUUACAAAUACACUUUUCUGCAUUUUAUAUGAGCAAAUUUAGAUAUAGCACAUUUAAUACGUUUUAAUGUUGAAAAAGAACGUUCGCCACUGCAGUUAAUGAUCAUCAGAGACAAGUAAAUACGCAAGGCAAUUUUUAAGUUUGGGAAACACGAUUCUAAAGAAUUAUUUUAUAAAACUUUAUAAAAUAGCUGUUCAAGAGGCUCCUGUUUCUUGCUGUCAAAAACAGUAGUCACAUCUGUUUUCAGCAGCUCUGCAAACUGCAGUAAUUCGCCACCUAGGCUGUUCUCCAAAUCAUCUUCGUAAGCACUGACCAUUCUUAAGAAUUUUUCCAAAAUCUCUUCUGUUGUAAGAGAUUUUAGCUGUAGAAAAGCUUCAAAAACACUAGUAAUCUUAUGAUAUGCUUUCAUACGUUUAGUUAAAGCAGACAGUACAUUAUCAAUAAUGACGAUAAACACCUGAACUUCUAAAAGUUGUCCAGGUGUUUGGUUUUCAACAAAGCCGUCGAGUGUACUAGAGCCGCUGAAGUGGUCGUACUUUGUAUUUCGGUGGAUUCGCCUUGAUGCCUGUUGCUGGUAUUCUUCACAGUUGGCCAGAUCUUUGGCUCUUGCCUCAAUAUCUGAAAAUGUGGAUCGCAUUUCUUGGACGAAGCCAUAUAAUGAUUCAUAAAGCGCGUAUCCCGUACUAAGGUCUUGAUCUUGCAACGAAGCACUAGUGGCUUGCAAACGUUCUAGGAUUCCGUUCCAUGUAAUUGUCAUUAUUCCCGUUUCUAACUUAUUCAUCGUUGAAAUUAGUCCGUAAGCUUUCUGAUCCACGUUAUUGAAAAUGUCUUCCAAAAUUUGCUUAAUAGUGAUAAAACCACAUAAAAGUGCCAUCGUAGCAUCAUCUCGGGCUGACCACCUAGUGUCCGAUAACCGUUUCAAAAUGGGAAGUUUUGAAGUAGAAUCUUUAAGUGCGUUCGUAAGACGACUCCAUCAAUAGGUAGAAACGGAAUAAAAUGUAUAGAGGUUUUCAAUGAAAUCGAAUGAACAGCAGUCUCCAGAGCACUUAGGAACCAAAUUUAAUGAAUGUGCAAGACAGGGAAUGUAUUCGGCGUACUUAUUUAUUUACUUAAUUCGGACUUGUAAGCCGAUGUAUUUCCCACUCAUGUUGCUGGCAUUAUCUUAGCUUUGCCCACGACAAUCUUUGAUAUGAAUGCCACUCUCACUUAAGAAAUCUAGUAAACUUUGAGUGAGUUGUUCAGCACUAUGACAUUCCAUGCCCAAGAACUUAACAAGUCUUUCCACUGGUCCAGAUUUUCUGAACAUGGCGCACUAUCAGAGUCACUUGGCCUACAUGCGAUAUAUCUGGAGUAGAAUCCAAUGAAACUGAAUAGUAUUUGCAAAUAAUUUUAUCCAGUAUGCUUGAUGCAAUUAGAUGAAUAAAUUCCUCACAAGUUGUUUUUGGUAAAUACCUUUUGUUUACAAUUUAAAUAGUUCAUUUUUAAAUUACCCGCCUUUUUACCGUCACUAGCUUUCAAUAAUCUCGAAACAUGAUCGAUAUGAUAAUCGAUUAAAAAAAUGUCCGCUAUAUUCACUCAUAAAAUGAAUCUAUAUUAUAUAAUAAAUCAACCAACCACAGUAGAUUAUAUCGUGACUGAGUUAAUGAAAUUUAAAUAGUUAGCCUGUUUUCCCGAAAUACUUAUAAUCAAUAUUAUAUUAAAAUCGAUUAAAAAAGUACAAUCUCGGCUACGUAAACUCGCAAAAUAAAUGUAUACCUAUAUAAAAAAAUAAGAAUCUGGCUGCUUGAAGGAAAGAAAUGUGGUUUAGAUGCUACUCUAAAUAUAUCGAUUAUAAUUAAACAUUAGAACAUUAACAUUAAAAAGUUCGUUUAAUUCCUACUUAUGUUUAAGAUUUAACGAGUCGAAAUCGAGUUUUAGAUUUUCAAGUGGAAGUGAAGCAUAGCCAAAUUAAUAUUUUUUAUUACGGUCAGACAGGCGUUGGAGCGGGACCCAUAGCAUUUGCUACUCUUGCUACGUGGCUAAUCCGGCACUGCUAUAGGACUACCCUUAUCUUCAACAAUUUUUUACAUCAUCGGAUCAAGGUUGCCAUUUAUCUAAAAUUUAAACAAUAGCGAUAUGACUGUUGAUUAGAACAAAUGGUUUUGAAUGUAGUUUGUACUAACUCAACAAAAGUACAAAAAUGAAGCCAUAUCAUUUUUUAAUCUUUAUUUACGUAUGUAAGUUUUUGUAAAUAAAGAUGCAAUUUGCUCUCUAUUGGUAAUUUUUACUUUAGUGUGUGAUACAUUUUAUUAUCAUAAAAUUUGUAUAUCUAGAACUGAUCUCCAAGAGUGUAUACAUGUGUGCAAUGAGUUGUACAAAACGUGAAACAAAGAUGUAUAAAGUAUUUUGGUAAAAUUUUCAAAAUGUGAAAAUCAGAUCAGGUAUAAUUAUUGUAUCCACGUUUUUAUCAAAAUAUAUUGGUACUUUUAA